GUCCAACCCAUCAACCAUCAGCGACGACGUUCUGGCUCGCCUCUGCGAACGAAUCUCAUAUCUUGCCCAUCUGCACCCUCGUGUCCCUGUAUUCUGUACAAACCGAAACCACAAGCGCGCUCUCUCUGCUCGUACAGCCACCCGAAAACUCUGCCGAUCUCAUAUUGCUUCGUCCGUCUUCACCGCUAACCGAUGCGAGCCGCUGGAAUCGACGAGAGCCAGUCUCACUCUACUUUGCCAAGGAAGGCUCCAGCACCGGCUCUGGAAUCCUUCGGUCUGCCCCUGACCCAGGAGGAGCUCUCGGCCUUCUCAUACUUCUUCAAGAUUGCCGAUGUUGACAGCAAGGGCGUCAUUACUCCCCCGCUGGCUGUGGCGUUUAUGUCCAAGUCCAAGCUCUCGCAUGACGUCUUGGGCGAGAUAUGGAGCCUGGCCAAUCCGGACAAGAAGGCAUUCCUGACCAGGGAGAGUUUCUACAAGGCUCUCAAGUUGAUUGCCCUGAGCCAGAGCGGCCGCCCGGCCAGCCUGGCUUCCCUGGGAACAGCCUGCCCCUUGCCCACCUUCGAGGGCAUCGUUCCCGAAACUGCGCCAAUGUUUAGCCUGCAGACCAUGCCGCUGCACCGCACCGGCAGUCUUUCUGCCCACGCUACCGGUAGCAGCUUCACUAUCUUGCCUGAGGAGCGUGAGCGCUUCUUGGCUGCCUUUUCUGCCAGCCAGCCAAGCAACGGCCUGGUCACGGGCGACAAUGCUCGCGAGGUGUUUAUGAAGUCCGGCCUGCCUCUGGAUGUCCUUGGAAGCGUGUGGGUCCUGGUCGACAGCAAGAGCACGGGCAAGCUCACCUUGAACCAAUUCAUGGUUGCCAUGUACAUCAUCUCGAGGCUCCGAUCUGGUGCCAUGACGUCUGUGCCGACCUCGAUCCCCCCUGGGCUCUUCAACGCUGUGUCGAUGGCCAACUCGGCCAGUGCUGGCAAUGUGAACUCGCCGCCCGGAAGCCCCAUCCUUGGCGCUCCUCCCAGCAAGCAGUCUGGCAGUACAGCAUCACUCAGCCGCCGCAUGACAGCCAACUUCUCCACAUCGGGUCUUUCCACUUCGAACCCGGCGCUCUCGACUCCCCAGCCCGGUGCACCUUCGCCUGCGCUGGUGCUGACGCCCGAGGCAAGAGUCAAGUAUGGCACCAUCUUUGACCAAAAGGAUAGCGAAAGGAAGGGCUUCCUGACCGGCGGAGAUGCCUACCCUUUAUUUAUGGAGUCCAAGCUCCCCAGCACGACAUUGGCGCAAGUUUGGGAUCUCGCUGAUGUGCAGAAGGCCGGUCGCUUGACAAAAGACGAGUUUGUUGCUGCCAUGCUGCUGAUCGAGCACAUUUCGGCCGGUAACCCCGUGCCUGCAGUCCUGCCUGCCUCGUUGCUGUCGUCGACGUCCAAGGGUCUGAGUGGAGCCCUGAGCACGCCUUCGCUCCUCGACUUUGACGGAUCCAACGCAUCAGCCGGCGCUCCCAAGCCCCUUCAGGAGACCGGUGCUCUCAAGGGCACGCUCGGCAGUCUUUCGAGUCUCAGCGGACUUCCUGCGCUCGGUGGUGCCAGCUCGAGCGUCAGUGUGCCUCCGCUUGGCCAUGCCAGCUUCGCAAGCCGUGAAGCCGCUGAUCUUGAAAAGCGUCAGCAUGACCUCGCCAUCCGCAAGACCGAUAUUCAGAGCCUUCAGUCACAGAUCGACGCCAUCACCCCGAAUCUGGAGGAGAUCAAGGCCAAGCGCUCCGCUGUGGAUGCGGAGCUGCGCGAGGCCAACGACACCAAGCUGCAUCUCACGGUCAAGCUCUCGCAGACCAAGGCCACCUACGACUCCGAGAUCCAGUAUCUCCAAGAUACCGAGGCUGAGCUGUUCCGCGAGCGACAGACCCUCCAGAUUGCUCAGACAGAGCUGGCACGUCUGGAGGCCACCGUUCAGCUCGUGAAUGCCGAGAAGGUCAAGUUGGAUGAAGCCAAGGCGCAGCUUUUGGCCGAAUCUCACAAUCUCAAGCAGCGCAUCGAAGAUUACCAGGCUCUGGAGACCGAAACCCACCGACAGAUUGCGGAGCUCAAAACCGAGAUCGAGUCGGUCCUCCAGAGCAGCGACAUUCACAACCAGGUUCUCCAAUCGGCUCAUGCCGAGCACCAGAGCAUCCAGGCCGAGCUGGACGCCGUCACGAAGCAGCUGGAGGAGGAGCGUGCCAAAUCGACUUCCCUGGAGCGGCAGGUGGCUGCACAGUAUGCCGCCAACCACCGCGACCGCGAGCGGAUCAAGAAGAGCAAGGCCGAGAAGGCCAGACUCGAGGCCGAGUUUGUCGAGAAGCAGCAUGAGCUCGUGAGGGCUGUGUCAGAGGGCCAGGCUUUGGCUGACGCCGUCAAGGCCGCUGAGACCCCAAAGCCCAGCAGCAAGCCUGUCGAGAAGGACAUUUUCUCGUUCGACAGCGUCUCUGGGGCUGCCAAGCCGGCUUCGAUCCUGUCCCAAGCUUCCGUGCCUUCGCCGUCGGUGGCUGCUGGCAUUCCUCUGCCCGUGUCCCCCAACCUCCAGGAGGCUGUGCCUCCGGCCCUUGGUCGCAUUUCCAGCGACCCCGCGCCUCCUGUCCCGUCGCUGUCGUCCAAGCCGACAAAGUCUUCGGAGGGACAGGGCAGGCCCACAAGCGCGCCUUCCUCUGAGUCGCUUGCCUUUGGAUCGCUGUCGCAGGGUGCUGCGCCCAAGCUCGAGAAGAAGGAUUCGUUUGAAGAGCUGAUGAAGUUCAAUGCGCCUAAGAGCUCUGCCUUGAGUAAGCCCUCGGCGACCCCCUCGACUGUCCCUGCGGGAGCUCCUGGCUUGGGCAAAUCCCCUGUCGUAGCCGCCGGGGGCCUUCCCGGUGGCUCUCUGGCCUCGGACCCCUUCCUGGCUGAUGAUGCCUUUGCCGGCUUCGAGUCAAAACUGCCCUCGCAGCCUGCGGCCAACGCCGCCGACCUGAACGAUGUCUUCGCGAGUAUCUCUGGCAGCAACCCCGUGCCGCCCAGCAACGCCAGCCCCAAGAUCGAUCUCCAGGCAUUUGAAACCUCGUUCCCCUCGCCUGACCAAUUCGAAAGCUCGUUCCAGCCGGCGACAGAGACCCGUGCUGUCGCCGCGCCAGCCAAUGCCGGUGCUUUUGCAGGCACGCUCGACGACCCCUUCAAGAGCAACUUUACUAAUCCGUUCGAUUUGGCCAGCACCGGCCAGAGCCCCGAGCUCCAGAAAGACGAUCCCUUCGCUCCCAACGCCAAGAUUGCCGUCGACCAAACCUUCAGUUUUGACGACUGGAGCAGCCAGGCGCCUGAUUUCACCGCGGCCUUUGCUCCCGCGCCCGAAGCGUCGACAUCGGCGGUGGUGACUGAGCCUGUCCAGCUCAAGCUGGAUGGGCUGGACUUUGAUGCCGAGCUUAGCAACGCUUUCUCUGGAUCGACCGGGAAAGCGGCCCCGCAGAGCGUGCCUGAGGUUCCUGUCGCUGAUUUUGACGGCAUCAACGAAAAUGCAUUCAAGUUCGAAGCCUCCUUUGGCAACUUUGCGCCUCCCUCGAACGUGCGGCGCUCGACCAAACGGAUGACGGCCAUGAUGACACCAACCAAAUCGCAAAGCUCCACGCCGGUCGUUAACCAGUUUGAUACCGACUUUGACUCGGUCUUCUCGGGGAGCCAGGCACCCGUUGCCAAUCUGGACGACGCCUUUGGUUCGUUCAAGUCGAGCGAGGCCCCUUCAUCCGCAGCGUUUGGUUUCAACGACGCAUUUUCUGUGUCGCCCAUCCAACCCACUGGAACUGCGCCGGCGACGUCCUCUCCGGCACCAGCGUCGGCACCGAUCCCUGCGCUCUCGCCCAUUCCUGUUCCAGCGCCCGAGCCCCAGCCCGGUAGUGCCUCGCCUGCUCCCGGAGCGGGCAAAGUGGAAGAGAUGUCUGCAAACCUCGACGCUCUACUUGAAAUGGGAUUUGAGAAAGGCGAAGCACUGGCAGCACUGAAAAAGAACAACGAUAACUUGGAGGCCACGGUUGCAUAUUUGGCCGAGCGGGCAGCAUAGAUCCAGAGACAGACGCCCCAGUUCCUGCAGUCGCGGUUCCGUUUCGAUCUCUUCUCGUUGUUGGCGGCUGAUGUGAGCCGCUGUCUCUGUUCUAUGCUUGAUCCUCAAGCGGGCAAACAAAAGGAAAAAACACUGAAUUGUAAUUUUGGGCUCAGCUCUGCUGCAUCGCGCAAAUCGCUUGCCUCGCUCUUGUUGCAUUGCGUUGCAUUGCAUCGCGGCACAUAUGUUCACAGGUCGUUCGCAGCAUGUUAAGCCACAGCGAGGCGGAGGUCUUUCUGCUGCUGAGUCGGCCAUGGGUCGUGAAUACACACGUUCAUUCGUCA